AUUUACAAAAUGUUAGGGGGUGCACUCACUUCUGUGAUACUCUAUAUAUAAAUAUAUGUAUGUAUAUGUUCUAGCUAGAGAGAAUGCAGGCGGACAUACAGAGGCAAGCCAGGACUUCAAAAUGCUAAGAGGUUUAGUGCUAACAGGUUGCCAAAUGCGGCACUUCACAAUACCCGCUAACCCGCAACAGCUGAGGCCUGUUUGACAGCUCUUUAUAUAUGCCAGCUGUCAAGCAGGUAACCAAUCAGGAGCGAUGACAGCACCCCCUAGUCAACGGACCAGAGGGAAAACUAUAGAAGGUAGCUUUCCUUCACACCUAGGAUGCAUAUGCGUAAUUUUCCAGGUAGCCAGGGUGGUGCUGGACCUGCCCUGACCUUCUCAGUGCGCUUUCGGCAGCCUUAGUAGGUAGUUGGUAAUAGGUAGUUGGUAGGUAGUUGGCGCAUUGGAGCUUCUGGAUUAACCGGAGACUGCGCCAUCUUGUUUUCCGACGACGCCUUCGACACCUUGGAAUUCGGCAACGCUGGAAUGUCACUGGGAAGAGCAGUAAGAAAAAUUAACAACAAAUGAUGGGAAAUCCAGAAACCAUAGCAGAAGCCUACGUGGCUGUCAUUCGUCCAAAGAAUACUGCAAGCCUCAAUUCUCGGGAAUAUCGUGCUAAAUCCUAUGAGAUUUUGUUACUUGAGGUUCCCAUUGAAGGACAUAAGAAAAAGAGAAGGAAAAUGUUAUUAGAGACUAAGAUUCAGGAAGGCAGUGAUACAACCCAAAGCAUCUUGGACUAUAUACUAGAAACCACCAAACCAAUUUCACCAGGAAAUCAAGGGAUUAAAGGUAAAAGAGUUCUGCUAAUGAAGACAUUUCCUCUUGGGGAGGACUCAGGGAAGGAUGCAUCUCUUUUUGUUGUACCAACGGUUGUCAAAGAUAAUACAAAGUAUGUUUACAGUCCUGGAUGUCCAGUUUUCUACUGUUUACAAGACAUCAUGAGAGUCUGCAGUGAAUCCAGUUCUCAUUUUGCUACAAUUACAGCUAGAAUGUUACUUUUCUUAGAUAAAUGGUUAGAAGAACGGCACUUGCAAUCACAUUCAAUCCCAGCUUUAUUCAGACCAUCUCCUUUAGAGCGGAUUAAAACAAACGUUACAAACCCCGCUUAUGCUGUUGAACCCGGACAGAGCGAGAGUUCCCUUCACAUGGGAUACACUGCGUUGGAGAUCAAGAGCAAAAUGCUUGCGCUAGAGAAGGCAGACAUAUGUAUUUACAACCCUUUAUUUGGAUCUGAUCUUCAGUAUACCAACAGAGUGGACAAAGUGGUUAUAAAUCCUUAUUUUGGACUUGGAGCUCCAGAUUAUUCGAAAAUACAGAUUCCAAAACGGGAAAAGUGGCAACGAAGCAUGAGCAGUGUCAUGGAAGACAAGGAACGUCAGUGGGUUGAUGAUUUUCCUCUUCAUCGAAGUGCUUGUGAAGGUGAUACUGAAUUACUGAGUCAACUUUUGGAUGAAAAAUUCUCUGUAAAUCAGUUGGAUAGUGAUCACUGGGCACCUAUCCAUUAUGCAUGCUGGUAUGGAAAAGUAGAAGCGACACGAACGCUAUUAGAGAAAGGAAAGUGCAACCCAAAUUUGUUGAAUGGACAACUCAGCUCCCCUCUUCAUUUUGCUUCUGGUGGUGGUCAUGCUGAUAUUGUUCAGAUUCUCCUAAACCAUCCAGAAAUUGACAGACACAUCACUGAUCAACAAGGAAGAACACCAUUGAAUAUCUGUGAAGAAAACAAACAAAAUGAAUGGGAAAAAACAGCUACGUUACUUAAGGAGGCUAUUAAUAAACAAUAUGAAAAAGUACGAAUUUAUCGAAUGGAUGGUUCAUAUCGUUCUGUGGAAUUGAAAUAUGGAAACAAUACUACUGUGCAGCAGAUAAUGGAAGGCAUGCGUCUUUCUCAAGAGACACAGCAAUACUUCACUAUUUGGAUCUGUUCUGAAAACCUUAGUCUCCAGCUGAAGCCGUACCAUAAGCCACUCCAGCAUGUUCAUGACUGGCCUGAAAUUCUCACUGAAUUAACAAACCUGGAUCCUCAGAGGGAAACACCUCAGCUGUUCUUGAAAAGGGAUGUGAGACUACCUUUAGAGAUUGAAAAAAAGAUUGAAGAUCCACUGGCGAUCCUUAUCCUGUUUGAUGAGGCCAGAUACAAUUUAUUGAAAGGGUUCUAUGCUUCAUCUGAUGCCAAGCUGAUAACACUUGCAAGCCUCUUGCUGCAAAUUGUCUAUGGAAAUUAUGAAAGUAAAAAGCACAAGCAGGGCUUCCUAAAUGAAGAAAACUUGAAGUCUAUAGUACCAAUCACCAAAUUAAAGAGUAAGGCACUUCAUUGGACAAAUCGAAUACUUCAUGAGUAUAAGAGUCUCAGUACCAGCGAGGGUGUGAGUAAAGAAAUGCAUCAUCUGCAGCGCAUGUUUUUGCAAAACUGCUGGGAAAUUCCUACGUAUGGAGCUGCUUUUUUCACAGGACAAGUAUUCACAAAAGCAAGCUCAAGCAACCAUAAAGUCAUCAGAGUUUAUGUAGGCAUAAAUGUCAAAGGGCUCCACCUUCUAAAUAUGGAAACAAAGGCUUUGCUCAUAAGUUUAAAAUACGGUUGCUUUAUGUGGCAGUUGGGAGAUGGCGAUACCUGUUUUCAAAUUCAUAGUCUGGAAAACAAAAUGAGUUUCAUAGUUCACACCAAGCAGGCAGGUCUUGUCAUAAAACUUCUGAUGAAGCUAAGCAGUCAGUUGAUACCCGAGAGAAGCGACUAAAUUAAAUGGGAAGCACUUGUGUUCAAAUGUUCCACCUCAAUGAAUUGAGCAGGAUAAAAGACAUUGCCUGAUGGAGAUCAUACCAAAAACACCUUGUUCACUUGUACAUUUAUAUUGUACAGCACUAUUCUAAUAUAAUCAUUUAAAGUAUUUUGUUGGUAAAGCCAUAAGAAUAAUAUUUGUGUAUGUAAUUAACAAAAAUUCAGGAAGUAAAGUAAGACUAUAAUUCUAGACAUAUUGAGGCAUACUGAAAAGAGAAUUCUGGGAGUUGAAGUGCAGCUAUCUCAAACAUGUCAAGGUUGAGAAACACUGCACUAAAAAAUUAAAGAAUAAACAACAUAUCUGAAAUAGACAAGUUUAAAUGGGUUUAAAUCUCUUCUGUGUUAUUAUGAAUAUGUUCUAUUUCUAGAUUGCCCAAGAAAGUGCAGGUUAAAUUCUAAGACAGUGAUGGAGCAGCUAUGACACAUAUGUCAAAGGUAAUGCACCACAAUGUUUUGGAUGAGACUCCAGUGUUCAUCAACAACUAUUUUCAAAAGCAUGUCUCUUCUCACAUUAUUUUUGGAGUCUGCAAACCGAGAAAAUAGAAUGUGUUCUUGUACAUCCUCCGGAGCCGCAGGAUGUCAUGUUAGAUGGCUGUGCUUUUGCGUGGCCUUUAGAGCAGCAAUGAGCAAUUAAUUUUCCUAAGAGGCGACAUGAGAAAGAGGGACUGUUUUGAAGGCCUGCCGCCAUGCUACCCCACAGUCGCCCCACUGCCAUGGACCAAAUAUGGAUAAUCAAAGGGCAGGAUGUAGCUUGCAUGCUGUAAAAUGCCCAGUUCUGCUUUAGAGUUUCCAAAAAUCAGGUGAAAGUGGGAUUUUACAGAACUCCUUCACAUGGUUUAUGGAGGCCCUGGAAAAACAUACUCCAAAGAGAGAGUGGAGAUGAAUGAAGGCCUCAUACAACCUGGAUAAGCCUUGGGUAGGCUAGGGACAGAGACACAUACCUGUAGAGCCAAGUUAGGCAUUUUCUGAGUUUUUGACAUGCUGAGCCCAAAAGGUUUGCCAUCACUGUUCUAGGAAGACAUCAGGGUACUGGCAAUUAAAUACAAAAGCUAUGAAACAUUUGCAAGGGUUUUUUUCUAAAUUCCUUCUUAUUUGUAGUGUUGUGGCUAAAUGUUGGAUUAUGAGUGGGAGAUAUAUAUUUUAACUUGUCCACAAGCACACAAAUGACUGCAUAAUUUCAGUAUUUUUGUUUUAGCCUAGUCUACCUCACAGUUGGAAAAAAUAAGAGGGGGGUGCCCUCAGUAUGUCUUCCUGAGCUCCAAAAUAAAUGGUGCGACAGGCAUCCCCACAUAAAUAAAUACACAGAUGUGUAAGCGUAUAUGUAAUUUGUGGGAUCUGGGAAUCUCUAGGGCAGCAUUAGUUCAGUGUAACUGGCUACUCAUUGGUAUAUCAAAUAUACCUUAUUACUUAUUUUGAAUAAUUUAUAUCAAUAAGAGUUACCUUACAUACAAUUUGAAAUAUAUGGUCCUUGUAUGCCCUUGCUGCAUCAGAUAAUAAUUCUGUUUCUAAAUUAUGUUUAUGAAAUACAGCAUUUAAAAAUAUUUGUAUAUAAGCUCAAGAAAAUGUUUUUUAAAUA